AAAGAUUCGUUUCGCAAUCCGAAUAAUUCGCGUUUGCUGAGCGGGUGGCUUUCAAGAUGCCGACUAUCCAGGUGAAGAAGAAUACGAUGAAGGGCAAGAAUGCCGCAGAGAGAGGUCGACAAUUGUAUGCGGAGGAGGAUUAUAAGGGCGCUCUUCAAGCUUUCUCCGAGGCUGUCCAAGGAAGCACUGAACAUCUCUUGCUUAAUGCAUUAGACAAUCGAGCUGCGACCUUCGAGAAGUUGGGCAUGUACAAGCUAGCUCUUCGUGAUGCCAAGGAAAUGAUCGAGAUGAUGCCAAAGCUCGCAAAGGGCUAUCUGAGAUGCGGCAAGAUCUUGAGCCUCACUAAGAAGACGGACCUCGCUUUGCAAAUAUACGGAAGAGGUUUGUCGAAGGUCAAGAUCUCAUCCCCAGGACCGGGUAGAGUGAUUUUGAAGGAACAGUAUGAGAAGCUGAGAAUCAAGUUGACACCAGCAAGAACCCGGGAUCCUAUGUUUCAUCUACCUCCCGAGUUGGUAGUCAUGGUCUGUGGACAGCUUACCAUGCGAGAUCGGGUCGUAUGUCUAGCUGUUUCAAAGCCCUGGAAGCAUCUCUUAGAGAAUAUAAAGGAUCUGUGGACCGAGCUCGACACAAGUUACUGCAAGCGACCCAUGAACAUGAAGUCUCUAAAGAUCCAUCUCAGGCGAUCGAAGUAUACUUUGGACUCUGCGCUUAUCACAAUGAAGGCCAGAUUCAAUGAUGCAGAGUUCCGACUCCUCGCCAAUACUUGCAAAGACCUUCGAGAGUUGAGGAUUCAAGGUGCCGGUCUGAUAGGAGCAUCCUUGAGCGAAGCGGUGCCCAUUGCUAAGAACCUGAAGAUCCUUCACGUCUCUAGCCUGACGGAAGCAUCUCUCGGAACUGUCCAAUCAUGCCUCAAGAAGUGUGAGAAUCUUGACAGUAUGUCAUUCCUCAAGGUCAAGGGUAGCUCGACGGCAGUCAGGGAUGGUGCUUGGGUUCUGGCGAAGAACGAGAAUAUCAAGAAUCUAGAGCUUCAUUCUGAUAAGAAAUCAAGACUGGAUAUGAAUGGACUUGUAGCAGCAACUCCAAAUCUCGUCUCGGCAACCUUGUGUUGCUGGAAGUUCGUCGCCAAUAAUGCCUCGACAACCAGACUUAACCUGUUGGCAUGGUCCCAUCUCGAACACCUCGAUCUGACCAACCUCCAACUCAAACGCUUCCCCAUCCUUCCACCCACCUUGAAGCACCUCAUAUUGGCCGAUAAUCCUCUCCUCAAAAUCCAAGAUGCAGCAGAACUCGUAUCCCUCACGACUAUGCCAUUACUUGAAAGAUUCAACUGCCAUGGGACCAAUAUUGAUGCCAGAGCUGUCAAGCACCUCACUUACGAGGGAAGUAUCAAUGGUCACCUGAAGAGACUCUCCCUCGGUGCACGCUUCAUCCCUACCCCGGCCGUAUCUGUCGAUGAGGAGUAUCCUCAGUCAGGUUCACUCGAGGAACUUUCUCUUGACCUCUUGCCCAUUGAUGACGCACGUGCAAUGGAGAUUGUACGCUUGUAUCCGAGUCUGCGAAAGCUUGAUGUAUCAGGCACAAAUGUCACUGGCGUGGCAGUCAGGGAUUUCGUCGAUCGGGGUAUUACCUCGCUCAACCUCGAUAAUUGUCGGGCUACCAGUCGAGACGCAGUUGAGUGGGCUCGUGGCAGAGGCAUCGAAGUGUCCUAUAACUUUGCGAGCUUUCUUUGAAAGACCAUCAUAGAUCUUUCCCAGCUAGGAAACGCUGAACUAAUACCCACAAACUGUUUCGCACUGGCUUGGAUUUGCUUUGCAAUAGCGCUCUAGACUGGCAAAGUCAUUACUUGCAAGCCUGAUGUAUGUACGAUAAACUGAGCGAAAAGCUAGCUAGCGGAAUCGAAAUGAAAAAAAAUUCAAUCUG